CCAAAUUUAGGGGUCGAACUAUAGAUUUCAGUUCUGAGCCCAUAUCACCCUCUCACACGCUUAAAUUUCAUUCGAUUUUCUGUUCAUAGGGCAAACAUUUUUCCGUUAUUGAUAUUUUCUUAAGUCAAGGCAGCAAGAUGAAGGAAAGGAAUAAGGAUCAGGGACCCUGCGCCCGAGUGCGUAAGAUUCGUCCUCUAAACAUGGGCGGCAACGUGGAGCAGCGUCCUUGGACUCCAACGGUUAGGAUUGGUAGGAUCGCAGCCGAGACAACCAAUCCAGGUCCAGCCACCGUCACGCUUCCGACAUUGAUCGGUAGCAAAGUUCCGGAUUCAAAGAAGAAGGCUGCCCCCUCGUACUCCUUUGGGCACAAGUUGGGCGGAAAAUACGCCACAUCCGGACCUGGCCCAGCGCAAUACAAUGUUACAGGUUUGCGGGCGAAGGGACGCGACUAUCCCAGAGCUGCCACUCUGCAGAGUCGUCCCAAGGAACUGACACGAUUCUCGAAUCCGGGACCCGGCGAAUACGACGUGGCUCCGGCUGCCAAAGCGGUUAUCGAUGCCACGCCCAAGUACACUUUUGGCCAACGGCCGGCGGCUUUGAAGACGUUCCAGAUUCCAGGUCCCAACCAUUACCAAGUGGUGCCACUUGAUGUCGUCAAGCGGCGUGCCCCACGCUACUCCUUUCGCAUUAAGGUUAACGUGUACUUAGUUAACAAUCCAGCUCCGAAUAGCUAUUGCCCUGAAAAGGUCACGCAAUCAAAAAAGAAUGCGCCACGCUACACUUUCGGUAGACGAACUAAAAUCGAACACGAUCAGGGCACACCAGCUCCUGGCGCCUAUUGCCCCGAAAAGGUGAAGCUCAACAAGACGCCGGAGUUCAGUUUCGGCAUCAAGCAUCAUGAACAAAGGCCAGAUUAUACUCCAGCGCCGGGCACUUACAAGCCAGAGCAGGUUGUCCAAGAACACAUACCAGCCUUCAGCUUCGGCUUGAAAACCAAACACAUCCAGGUCAGCGACACUCCAGCACCCGGUGCCUACAGCCCCGAAAAGUCUCGACUACACUCCACACCUGCUUACUCAAUCACCGGAAAGGCCUCGCAAGACGUUGUCGAUUGUACACCUGCGCCCGGAGCAUACGAACCCGAGAAGUGUGUGCUAAGCAGGACACCUGCCUUCAGCUUUGGCCACCGCGUGGAGCUUGCCAAGUCCAGUGACACGCCCGCGCCAGGAACCUAUAAUCCCGAGAAGGUGCGGAUGGACCACACCCCCGCCUUCACCCUCUCUGGACGACCCGAAACAAAGUCCGUCAGCGAGACUCCGGCGCCCGGUUCGUAUGCCCCGGAAAAGUAUCGGAACGAUAGAACGCCGGCCUUCACCUUCGGCGGUAAGCACGAGCAGCGGCUCGAGAGCUUCACUCCGGCACCGGGCGACUAUUGUCCCGAAAAAGUCCGGCACGAUCACAAUCCCGCUUUCUCAUUCGCCGGUCGCCAUGAUUUGCACAAGACAAGCGACACACCAGCACCCGGAGCCUAUGAAACGGAAAAAGUCCGUCAGGAUCACAAUCCCGCCUUCUCCUUUGCCGGGCGACACGAUCUGCACAAGCCAAGUGAAACGCCCGCUCCGGGCGCCUACUCUCCGGAGAAGGUCCGACAGGAUCACAACCCUGCCUUCUCGAUGGCCGGGAAGUAUAGUCAGAAGAUAUCCAGCGAUAGUCCGGCUCCUGGUGACUACUGUCCCGAAAAGGUUCGCUUGGAUCAUACUCCCGCUUAUAGUUUUGGCAUAAAGAACGAUCCUAAAGUAGAAAACAAUACUCCGGCCCCAGGAGAUUACCACCCCGAAAAAGUAAGGCAAGACCACAAUCCGGCGUUUUCAUUCGCUGGUCGUCACGACCUUCAAAAACCAGACAACACCCCCGCCCCCGGUGCCUACUUCCCGGAGAAAACAAGGCAAGAUCACAAUCCAGCUUUUUCAAUGGCUGGAAAGUACGAUCAGAAGAUUUGCAAUGACACUCCUGCCCCUGGUGACUAUCACCCCGAGAAAGUCAGACAAGAUCAUAACCCUGCAUAUUCCUUUGCUGGUCGCCAUGACCUACACAAGCCCAGUGAGACCCCUGCCCCGGGAGCUUACUCUCCGGAGAAAGUAAGACUAGAUCAUAAUCCAGCUUUCUCAAUGGCUGGCAAGUACGAUCAGAAGAUCUCCAAUGGCACACCUGCCCCUGGAGACUACUGCCCGGAAAAGGUUAGAUUAGAUCAUACGCCUGCUUACAGUUUCGGAGGAAAGAAUGAUCCUAAAAUUGAGAAUAAUACCCCUGCGCCAGGUGAUUACCAUCCGGAGAAGGUGAGGCAGGACCACAAUCCUGCCUUCUCCUUUGCUGGUCGGUAUAACCUUCAAAAGCCAAGUGAUACUCCUGCCCCAGGAGCCUAUUUCCCCGAGAAAGUUCGCCAGGACCAUAAUCCAGCAUUCUCUAUGGCAGGCAAGCACAUCGAAAAGCUUACAAAUGGUACUCCAGCUCCUGGCGACUACAGUCCCGAGAAGGUUCGCUUAGAUCACACUCCAGCUUACACUUUUGGUGGAAAAAAUGAUCCCAAAAUCGAAAACAACACACCUGCUCCAGGUGAUUAUCAUCCGGAGAAAGUUAGACAAGACCACAACCCUGCCUUUUCUUUUGCCGGGCGGCAUGACCUUCAUAAGCCUAGUGAUACCCCUGCCCCAGGUGCUUAUUCCCCCGAGAAGACCCGUCAGGACCAUAACCCCGCAUUCUCAAUGGCUGGAAAAUACAUUGAGAAGAUAACCAAUGGUACGCCUGCUCCUGGUGACUACUGCCCAGAGAAGGUUCGCUUAGAUCGCACUCCAGCUUACACUUUCGGUGGCAAAAACGAUCCAAAAGUAGAGAACAACACGCCUGCUCCAGGAGAUUAUCAUCCAGAAAAGGUUAGACAGGACCACAAUCCCGCCUUCUCAUUUGCAGGACGUCACGAUCUCCACAAACCCAGUGACACCCCUGCACCAGGAGCCUAUUCACCUGAGAAAGUUCGCCAGGAUCACAACCCAGCCUUCUCUAUGGCUGGAAAACAUAGCCAAAAGAUCUCGAGCGACACCCCAGCUCCUGGGGACUACUGCCCCGAAAAGGUCAGGUUGGACCACACUCCCGCUUACUCAUUUGGAGUGAAGAAUGAUCCUAAAAUAGAAAACAACACCCCUGCUCCAGGAGAUUAUCAUCCGGAGAAGGUGAGGCAGGACCACAAUCCUGCCUUCUCCUUUGCCGGCCGUCAUGAUCUUCAAAAGCCUAGUGAUACUCCCGCCCCAGGAGCUUAUUGCCCCGAGAAAGUACGCCAGGAUCACAAUCCAGCAUUCUCAAUGGCAGGCAAACAUAUCGAAAAGCUUACAAAUGGCACUCCGGCACCUGGAGAUUACAGUCCCGAAAAGGUUAGAUUAAACCACACCCCUGCUUAUAGUUUCGGAGGAAAGAAUGACCCUAAAAUAGAGAACAACACCCCUGCUCCAGGAGAUUAUCAUCCAGAAAAGGUUAGGCAAGAUCAUAACCCAGCCUUCUCCUUUGCCGGCCGUCAUGAUCUUCACAAGCCAAGUGAUACUCCCUGCCCUGGUACCUACUGUCCAGAAAAAGUCAGACAGGAUCAUAAUCCUGCCUUCUCUAUGGCUGGCAAGCAUGAUCCUAAAGUUUCCAAUGACACUCCUGCCCCUGGCGACUACAGUCCCGAGAAGGUCCGUCUGGAUCAUACACCUUCCUAUACUUUUGCUGGCAAAAAUGAUCCCAAAAUCGAAAACAACACCCCUGCUCCAGGUGAUUACCAUCCGGAGAAAGUUAGACAAGACCACAACCCUGCCUUUUCCUUUGCCGGGCGACAUGAUCUUUAUAAGCCUAGUGAUACCCCUGCUCCAGGAGCCUUACUCCCCGAGAAGACCCGUCAGGACCAUAACCCCGCCUUCUCAAUGGCUGAAAAACACAUUGAGAAGAUAACCAAUGGUACGCCUGCUCCUGGUGACUACUGCCCCGAGAAGGCUCGCUUAGAUCACUCUCCAGCCUAUAGCUUUGGUAGUAAGAAUGAUCCGAAGGUGGAGAACAAUACACCUGCACCUGGAGAUUACCACCCUGAAAACGUUAGGCAAGAUCAUGUUCCAGCGUUCUCCUUUGCCGGCCGUCAUGAUCUCCACAAACCUAGUGAGACGCCCGCUCCAGGAGCCUAUUUCCCUGAGAAGGUGAGACAAGAUCACAAUCCAGCCUUUACAAUGGCGGGUAAGCAUGAUCCCAAGAUUUCCAAUGACACUCCGGCACCUGGGGACUAUCACCCCGAGAAAGUUAGACAAGAUCACAAUCCCGCCUUCUCCUUCACUGGUCGCCACGACCUGGUAAGGCUUAGUGAAACACCCGCGCCUGGAGACUACUUCCCGGAGAAGGUUAGGCAGGACUUCAAUCCGGCGUUCACUUUCGCUGGCAAGCACAAUCCAAGAUCCUUGGGUGAAUCCCCGGCACCUGGAGACUAUAGCCCCGAGAAGGCGCAACUGGACCGAGCACCCGCUUUCAGCUUUGGUGGCAAACACGACCCCAAGGUGGAACAUCAUCAUCCCGCGCCAUGCGACUACGCCCCCGAGAAAGUUCGCCUCGACCAUACACCCGCCUACACAAUUGCAGGUCGUCCAGCCGCCGAUCCCGUGAACCAGACGCCGGCUCCGUGCGAUUACCAUCCGGAACAGUGCCAGGUGGACAGCACACCUGCGUUCACCUUUGGCAUGCGACUGGGAAGGGAGCUAAUCUCGGAUACACCAGCACCCUCCGCCUAUGAGCCGGAAAAGCACUCUCUGCACUCCACUCCCGCCUACAGCUUUGGCACCAAGUCGGACAUCCGUGUGACAACCGAUGCCCCAGCCCCCGGUCACUACCAUCCCGAGCAGUGUAAGCUGGACAGCUCGCCAGCGUAUAGUUUUGGUCUGAAGACAGUGCCCACUGCUUCGCUUCCAGAACCCAGGGGCGUGUACAUCGAAGAUCGCAUUGUCCAAAGGCGCGAACGCCGCCUGGCCAGUCCUGUACGCAACAAUGCCGAAUGCACCACCACCACUACCACCAACAACACAAACAACGCUGGUAGCAACAGCAGCACCACCACUACAACCACCACCACCACAAAGACCUUCAUCAAUGGGGUGGAGCAGCCUCAGUUGCAGAAAAAGGAAACUACUAAGCAGGUGAAUGGCACACACAAAGAGCUUAAGUCAGCACCACGCAGCAAUGGCAACCACUCGAAAAUGGUCAGCACCACCACCACCCUGCAGCAGGUUGCCCACGGACAGAAGGAGAAUGGCAACCUUAAAGUGGUGGCCAGCGGUAAGUCGGAUGCUAAUGCUACCAAGGCAGCGGCCGUAAGUCACCAGACUGUGGUGCGGUCGGAUGGCGCCAUUGUCACCAGUGGCCAAUCUUCAAGGAUGCAGACGGUUAAGUACGCUGUGGAGGCGAGCAGCGUGCAGGAGAAGAUUAUCAGCUCCUAACGUCUACAAAAUACCCACCGUCAUGGGCAGCAGCAAGGAGGGCAAGAUUCGCUCGGCUCCGGCUUAUACAAUUACGGGUCGCGAGAAGCCUCCGUUGAUUCCA